AUGGCCCGGCUCUCGGUGAAGGAGCACCUGGACGGGAUCCUCAGCGACUUCGAAGCCCUCAAGAAGUCGUUCGAGGCAGAGGAUGCAGGUGAUGCUCCCAGAUCCCCCACUGCGUCGCUGCUGUCUGUGAGUGCCACCGAGAGCCACCGGGUGUUGCAGCCCGGCCCUGCACCACACAGCCCAUUGCUGCGGGGUCAGCACCGUGCUGGCCGGGCUCCUGGCAGCAUCACCUCCUUCCAGAGCCACACGGGGCCGGGCAGCGACGGUGAGAGCCUGCGCAGCUCCAGCUCCAGCCUGGAGAGCCCCGCGGCCCCCCAGCCUCCUGCAGCCUCCCUGGCUGCCGACUCCUGCUUGAAGAAAGUGCCAUCGCACGGCUGCGUCUUCCCAGUGGAAGCAGAAUGUUCCCUGCAUGUGGCCGCCGGGCACAGCUCGCUGCCAGCACUGGACCUGCACAUCGCCGAGGAGCCAGGAAUCCCCCUGCCAGCCCCACACCCCACACAGCCAUGGGGUGCCCACAGCCCCUCUGCCCUGCUCCACACCCGCCUGCCUUCCUCCUCCUCCUCCUCAGGUGGUGAGAUGGCCCCAGGGCUGCCCCGCACCCAGCUCAGGGUCAGUCUCAGUGCCAGCCCCUGCCUGGCUCGCCCGACCCCCCUGGCUGUCACUGCAGCCACCGGCCCCGGGGAGGGGCUGCUCCCCCCAGCUGCACCCUUCAAGCUGGUGUCACAGCCACAGACGGUGCAGGUGAGCUCCCAGCCUGCCUUCCUCGGCGGGGUGGUGCUGGGGCCAGGCGCCCCAUUGGCACUGAGGAACAUCGGCAGCACCGGCCCCACCGUGGGGAGCUGCUUGGUGAUGCCACGAGGGCUCGGCCAGGCUGCAGAUGGAUGCUGUGCCACGGUGACACUGGAGCACGGGAGCAGCCUGGAGCCCCAGGAGCGCAGCAUGGAGGCAGCGGCCGUGCCCCAAGAGUUGCCCCCUGACCGUGGGGUGCACGAGCUGUUUGGGUACGUGGGGAUCGAGGCCGUGCUCGAGCAGAUGAAGGUGAAGACCAUGAAGAUGGGCUUUGAAUUCAACAUCAUGGUUGUCGGGCAGAGCGGGCUGGGGAAGUCCACCAUGGUGAACACCCUCUUCAAGUCCAAGGUGAGCCGCAAAGCCUCGCAGCCUGGCCAGGAGGAGCGCAUCCCAAAGACGGUGCAGCUGCAAUCAGUCACCCAUGUCAUCGAGGAGAAGGGUGUGAAGAUGAAGCUGACGGUGACGGACACGCCAGGAUUUGGGGACCAGAUCAACAACGACAACUGCUGGGAGCCCAUCAUCAAGUACAUCAACGAGCAGUACGAGCGGUACCUGCGCGAGGAGAUCCUCAUCACCCGCAAGAGGAAGAUCCCGGACAGCCGGGUGCACGGCUGCGUGUAUUUCAUCCCCCCCACGGGGCACUGGCUGCGUCCCCUCGACCUGGAAUUCAUGCGGAGGUUGAGCAAGAUCGUCAACGUGGUGCCGGUGAUUGCCAAGGCUGACACGCUCACUCUGGAGGAGCGGGAGGAGUUCAAGCAGCGGAUCCAACGGGACCUGAAGGCCCACGCCAUCAGCGUGUACCCACAGGAGGAUUUCGAUGAGGACCCAGACGACCGGUUGCUCAAUGAUAGGAUCCGGGAGAAGAUCCCAUUCGCCGUGGUGGGGGCGGACCAGGAGCACCAGGUGAAUGGCAAAAGGGUGCUGGGCCGCAAGACCAAGUGGGGCAUCAUCGAAGUGGAGAACCCGGCACACUGUGAGUUCCCCAUGCUGCGGGACCUGCUCAUCCGGUCCCACCUGCAGGACCUCAAGGACAUCACCCACAACGUGCAUUACGAGAGCUACCGCGUGCGGCGGCUGAACGAGAGCAACCGGCCAGCGCCGAGCUCCAACAACGGGCUGCCAGGCAGGGAUGAGGAUGGGGACGAGAGCAACCUCUGAGCCCUGGGGCCCGACCCCAUGGCAGCACCUGGCCCCCACCCCACAGUGACUGUGCCACCUCAGCUUGCAGCCGCCCCAGCCCAUGAGGACAAACAGAGGGGGCUCCCGGGGUGUCCCCGAGCUCUGCUGAGACGCCCGGAGCCCGCUCAACAUUAAAGGUGAAAACAGAACCUUCAG